AUGUGUAUCACUAAAACUAGCUCUAACGCUCACAGAACGUUUCUCGAAAUUGACAUAGACCGACUUUUGACAAAACUUAACUACAAUCAGACAGCUCCAGCGAAAAAUUGUCACCGUUCCGAGAUAGGCGGACAUCUCGAACCAAGCAUAGCAUAUUUACUCUCUUCUCGAGCGACACCCCAUGUACAAGAUAUGCGACGACUUCGCCUCGUUGAGUGA